CAGUACCACAUACUGUAUUAUUGUUUCAGUAAGUAUUAUUGUUUUAGUGUUUGCCUCUUACAACAAUGUUGCUGUAUUUGUUUCUUCUCAUGCUAACAGUUAAUGUCAGCACUGGCUUUCAAGUUUCACAUAUGGACAUGCAAUAUACUGGAUGCUCUGAUACACAGAGUGACUUUAUAUACAGUACUGAUAAUGAGGAAUUAUACUACUCCGAUUUCAGUAGACAUGAAGGAGUGGUGACAGCACCUGAUUUCGCAGAUCCAAUUACGUUUCCUGGAUUUUAUGAACUUGGUGUUAUUUUAAUAGAUCAUUGCAGAUUAAACUUAGCUUCAACUGCUAAAGCUCAUAGCCAACCAGAAGAGCAAACAGCACGACCCGAGACUUGUAUCUAUUCAAAAGAUGAUGUGGUGCUUGGUGUUGAGAACGUCCUCAUCUGUCACGUGACAGGAUUUUUUCCUCCAUCUGUCACAAUCAUCUGGACUAAAAACAACAUGAAUGUGACAGAAAAUAUAAAUCAGAGCCAGUAUCGGCUAAAAAGUGAUGGUACCUUCAACAUCUUCUCCACUCUGAGGUACACUCCUGAGGAGAAGGACAUGUACAGCUGCACUGUGUAUCAUAAAGCUCUCGAAGAGAAAUCUGAAACCAGAACCUGGGAAGUUGAUGUUGCUGUGCCCAGUGUUGGUCCAGCUGUGUUUUGUGGAGUGGGUUUGACCCUGGGGCUGCUGGGAGUCGCUAUUGGUGUUUUUUUCUUAUUAAAAGGACAUAUAUAGGCAGUCUUUUAUUGUAACUUGACUUUUUUUUUGUCAACAUGUCUGUUUUAUAAAAACUGUUUAAUAAAAUAACACUUUUGGUUUGUAUUGAAAGAAGCGAAUAUCAAUAUAGAUUGCACAAUUAUAAUUUUGUCUAAAAAACACUAUUAUACACCUUAAGAUCAAAAGGUUUGUAGGUUCAAGAGAAACAUUUUCCUUAUGUGAUCUUAAAUGUUUGAACUGCAGUGUAUAUAUUUUUUUUCACAUUGUUCACAUGGCUUUACAAUGCUUUAGAAAAAAAUAAAACAUUUAAUUUUUUUGGGAAUAGUUUGAAAUAUGAUGGGGUCCAGUUGAGAAUCUUAUAUACAGUAGGCUACUGUGGAAAAGUCUUAGGCCACCACCAGCAGCUUUGUUGUUUUAGCAAAGUGUUAAUGUCCAUCAUAUCAGAAAAAACAGGAAAUAUUUACACAAAAUUAAAAACAAAACAAUUUUAGGACUAAACAUCUUCUUUAGGCAUCAGUCAGUAUUUAGUGUGACCUCUCUUGGCACGAAACACAUCUUGAGCUUUUUUGGUGAAACUAAAAUCCUGAAGUCAUUCGAUUAGAUUAAAAAUUAGGAUUUAUUUUUAGGUUUAAGAGAUUCUGCAGUUGCCUGCUAUUGGUCAAGUGGUAGGGGAGUUUACCCUAAAUACUUAAACUUUUAUACUGUUUUUAAUACCUGUAUUUUC